AUGUCCUCUCUUCGACAAAUCCCAAGUCUGUUUUUACAGCCCACUAAUAUGGUGGUCAAGAACUCGAGUGGAUAUACUGAAAAUAUCUUUGAUGGGAAAGAAGAACAAAUGAUCAAGGUUUGCGCAUAUAUUGAAGAACGUGGCUUUAUACCGAAAGAUCUGGUCAAGAACGAAGUGUCGUGGUUUUACGGUAAUCUUGGAAUCGAUGAUGUAUACUUUGGCACAGAAACUGUCGAAACUAUUGCAAAUCACAUCAUGGCCCUCUACGGUGCAAAGAUAUUCGCCUACACAAAGAAUGAGAACGAGUUCGACAUUAAUCUCGAAAGAGAAACAGAGGAAGGCGCUGUGUAUAUACACACUUCGCGUCCUGGCGUGUCUCAGUCUCAAGGCCCUCAACACGAGAGAAGAAUUGACGCAAAAUACCUGGACGGCAGCUCUACAGAACGAGCAUAUCGUCUCGAAACUUAUCGCUCUCACGGCAAUGUCUCUCCCUCACUGAAUACUCAACUUCGCUGCUAUUUCAUAUCAAAGUGUGAUUUUGUUGUACCAAACCCUACACCCGAAGAAGAAACAGAUAUUCGCCUUGUUGGUGACAAGACAUUUUUAGAAAAAGUAACCGAAAACACGUUAGAAAUCUAUCGAGAUAUCAUAAAACUGGCAUUGGACAGGACUGGACCUGUGAUUGAAAUGUUUGAAGUUGAAGGAAGUAGAGAAAGGAGAUUGGUAAUUGCCUAUAGACAGGGAAGUACUCAAAGCUUCUUCUCGGCAAUGAGCGACUUGUACCACUUUUACGAUUUGUAUUCGACGAGGAAAUAUGUCGAGCAAUUCUCCAACGGUGUAACAGUAAUGUCUCUCUAUCUCAAUCCCUUGCCAAAUUCGGACUCUGCACCAAUCGAACACACGAUCCACCAAGUAAUCAAAGAAGCCUCUCUGAUUUAUUGUCUUCCCACGACACCUCUGCAAAGCUUCUUCCAAACCGGAAAACUUUCCGUUCAAGAGGCAAUCUACGGUCAUGUGUGUUGGCUUUUUGCACAGCACUUUUUGAAUAGGUUGGGUAAUGAGUAUGUUAGUCUGGCAAGCAUUUUGGACAAGGACAAUCCGGUGCAUGUAGGCGUGCUAACCAAGAUUAAAAAGAAGCUGAGGACAGACACUUUUACUAGAGAGUAUCUGUUGGAUAUUAUCAAGAUGUAUCCAGAGUUGAUCCAUUUAUUAUAUAUCAAUUUUGCAAUGACGCAUUACAUUAACCCGCGGGCUGCUGCGCUUGAACCUUCUCUCUCUUACCAACGUAUCCAAACAGACGUAGUCUUGACAGACGAUGAACUUUUGGACAAAAUCAAACGCACGACAUCCAAUACUCACGAGUUCAUGGUCUUUGAAUCAUUCCUUACUUUCAACAAACACGUGCAGAAAACCAACUUUUAUCAACCAACAAAAGUUGCACUUUCCUUCCGUCUAGAUCCCAGCUUCCUUCCGGCAAUCGAAUAUCCCACCAAACUAUUCGGAAUGUUCUUUGUGAUUGGAUCGGAAUUUCGAGGAUUCCAUUUGCGAUUCAGAGACGUAGCAAGAGGUGGUAUUAGGAUCAUAAAGUCUAGGAAUAAGGAAACGUACAGCAUCAAUUUGAGAAGUUUAUUUGAUGAAAAUUAUGCUUUGGCGGCUACGCAACAAAGAAAGAAUAAGGACAUACCCGAGGGUGGUUCGAAAGGAACGAUUUUGUUGGAUUUUUCGCAACAAGACAAGGAUCGUGUCGCGUUUGAGAAAUAUGUUGAUAGUAUUCUGGAUCUUUUGAUCGUUGGAAGAACACCUGGAAUCAAAGAAAAAAUCGUCGAUCUGUAUAACAAGCCGGAAAUCCUCUUCUUUGGUCCCGAUGAAGGCACAGCAACACUCGUUGACUGGGCGAGCGCCCACGCGCGUAAACGCGGAGCACCAUUCUGGAAAGCUUUCACCACGGGCAAAUCACAAGAACUCGGUGGUAUUCCUCAUGAUGUUUACGGAAUGACCACCAGAUCAGUUCAUCAAUACGUAUUGGGAAUAUACAAGAAAUUGGGUUUGAAGGAAGCCAAGAUUACCAAAUUCCAAACUGGUGGACCUGAUGGAGAUUUGGGUAGUAACGAGAUUAAGAUUUCAAAAGAUAGAACUGUUGCUGUUGUUGACGGUAGUGGUGUCCUGUGUGAUCCGGACGGUAUCGAUCGCACAGAGUUGAGACGUCUUGCUCAUAACCGAUUGAUGAUAUCUCAAUUCGAUUUGUCAAAAUUAUCACCCAAAGGAUUCAGAGUAUUGGUUGAUCAACAGAAUGUCAAACUGCCAAACGGACAAGUCAUUGACGACGGUUUGAUUUUCAGAAACAAUUUCCACUUAUCAAGUCUCGUCUCGGCCGAACUAUUCGUUCCAUGUGGUGGUCGUCCGGAAUCGGUCGAUCUCAAUAACGUCAGUCUACUGCUCGAUCAUAAUGGCAAACCGCGCUUCAAGUACAUCGUAGAAGGUGCCAACCUGUUCUUUACGCAAGAAGCACGCCUAAGAUUGGAAGACGCCGGUGCUAUUAUCUUUAAAGAUGCCUCGGCGAAUAAGGGUGGUGUAACUUCAUCUUCAUUAGAAGUGCUUGCUGCCUUGUCUCUCACCGACGAAGAAUUCGACAAGAAUAUGCAAGUCAAAGAAGGUGUCAUACCCCCGUUUUAUCAGGAUUAUGUUAAAGAAGUACAUCAUAUCAUAGAAAAGAACGCCGAAUUAGAGUUUGAAUGUAUCUGGCGUGAACACCGUCGCACUAACAAGCCACGAUCUAUUAUUUCUGACGAACUGAGUCUUAACAUUGUGAAGCUCAAUGAGGAUCUCCAACAAUCGAUACUCUGGCAAAAUGUUCUGUUACGCAAGGCGGUCUUGCGUGAAGCGUUCCCACAGCUUUUGCUUGAUCGUUUAGGGCUGGACACUCUGCUCGAGCGAGUACCCGAACCGUAUGUCCGCGCUAUCUUUGGAUCAUAUCUAGCAAGCAGAUUUGUCUACAAAUAUGGUACACAACCAUCACAGUUUGCAUUCUUUGAAUUUAUAAACCCAUUCUUUGCCAAGCUUUCGGAUUAUACUCUUGGGUGA